AUGGAAGAAACAGAAGAUUAUGAUACGAAAAUUGACGUUAUGAUAGAAACAGAAGAAGAUCAAGGACGUAGAGAACACAAUGUGACUCAUAAUUCCGAAAUCACCACAUUACUUUAUUCACUUAAUUUUAAGUAUAUUGCAACUAUGGAUAAAGACAAAGCUAUAAUUAUAUGGCCAGUUGUGCAUAAUAAAACAUAUCUCCAGUGGGAUAUUAGGACCUCAACUUUUGAUUUUGAUGUAUUUGAAGAAACUUAUCAAGUUAAAAAUUUUUUUGGAAAAUUUGAAGUUAAUAAAUCUAAUGAUAUAUUAGCUUUAUGGAAUCGUGGUUUGAAGAUUUAUUCAGCUCAAACAGGCAUUAGAAUUUCAAGUUAUAAUGAACAUUAUAAGAAUCAGGAUAAUGAAAAUUUUCAUAUUAACAUUUUUAGACCAGACAAACCAUUAAAAGUUGAUUUAAUUAAUAAAAUUAGCACAAAGUAUGUAGGAUUCAAUGCUCAAACAAUAUACAAAAACAAGAUCAUAGGAAUUGUUAAAAAUAAAGUUCAGAUUCUCGACUUUGUUGAAUACCUGCAAAGCGAUUGUAGAGAUCAAUAUAGCCAUUUUUUUAGCAACAUGGAUGAAAUACUAGAAAAAUUAAUUAAUUCGGAAAAUUAUAUCAGCACUGAUCUGAAGAAAGAAUUAAAAGGUCAUCAAAUUUCUUGGAAUUACGAUAAGGAUUCAGGAAAAUUAUCGGCUAAUAAAAAAGGCGAUAUCUUUCAAUCAUUUUUCAAUUCGGAUAUCAAAAUAUGCAUCGAUAAACUUAUUUUGUUAUCUAAUGAUGAUUUAAUGAUUUUUAUGGAUUCUCCACGGUGUAUAAUUGUAACUCCAUCCGAAUCUUAUACCCUAUAUUAUGGAAAAUUACAGAUACGAUUCAUUUUUUACGAUAUUGAUUUUGUAAAAAUGUAUCAGAAAAACAUAAUAUCUGAAUACGAUUUUUUUGUCAAAUAUUUUUAUGAUGUCCUUUCCCAUCUCGAUAAACAAAAAUUUUUUAUUGAUGAUGAAAGUGAUUUCAAUAAGUGGAGUAGUAAUAAACAUUUUGGCAAAAAAUAUUCAUCGAUUGGAAUUAAUGGUAGAGAUCAUUUAUUUUUGUUACAUGGGCAAGCUCUUUUAAGCGCUGCAAUCAAAGGACAUAAAAUGGUUUUUGAUAAGUUUAUUACAUUGGUUGUACCACUGCCUAAAUUUUCUGCUUAUGAAUCUAAAUAUUCCUUUUGGAAAGAAAUAUUAGGAAAACCAUCAUCUAAUGGUUUUGUGAAAAUGCAAAUUAUUGAACUAUAUUCUGAUUGGAAUGGGCUUAUUUCAACAAGUGGUCAAAAAUUUUGUUUAUGGUUAUCAUCUAUUAUUGGAUGUUUAUUAUUACAGAUAUACGGCAAUUUAUAUGGGAUUGGAAGCAAUAUUUAUAGUCCAUGGAAUUUAUUUGAUAUUUGUGCUUUACUUUUUCCUGUUUCAACUUCCAUUUAUUGGCUAUCGAAUGGCACUCCACCAUUAUGGGCACCUGCACUCUCGUGCUUAUUUCUUUAUUUCAAAUUCUUAUUCUUUUUACGAGCCUUUGAACGCUUUAAUGUUGGCUUUAUCUUGCAAUUAUGGCUGGCGUUGUUGUCAAGUGAAAAUAGCAGCACGACUGAUGUUAAUUCAAAUUUAUACUCUUAUUUUGAAACUUCUCUUCUGGCCGUUUAUUUAUUGAUGACUGGUGAUAAUAGUUCACUUUCUACUUGGGAUUAUCGAGAAAAUCCCAUUCUAGUUAUAUUAAUGGUUUUAUUUUUAAUUUUUACCGUUCUCUUUAUGCUAAAUCUAUUUAUCGGGUUAUUAAGUAAUGCAAUUCAAGACCAUGAUAAUAGAGCUGCAUUUCUCUUACAAAAAGCCAAG